GUUAAUAUGACGCGCGGCGAGCAACGGGCGCACUCGUCGCGGUUGAGGCCCAUUUCACGAGCCUCGUCGUCACGGGCCGAACGAGAUCGCGGCCUGGAAAUCGCGUGAAAAUCAUCCGGGCCUCGGCCUCUAAUUUCGAUCGCUAAGUUGAAUUCCUCAGCGAGAUAAAACUGAUGAAGGAGCACUCGCUUCAUCAGCUAGAUCGUAUGACCAUAAACAAUUAAUAACGUGAUCCCGCGAGCGGAAGAUGAUUCAUUAAUGAUUCAGAGCGCAAUUUAACGACGAGACUUUGCUGUCUGGAACAUUGAAAUCCGAUACCAAAAGUCAGACGAAAAACGUACUUACAAUUAGCGAUGAAUGCGAAACUGACGAAAUGUUUCAUGAGCAAAGCGAACUUCCGCGACUGCUGAGUCCAAAAAAACACCACGAAUUGAAAAUAUCGAGGAAUUCGAGGAAGCCAUUCCCAUGUGCGUACAAGAAUACUCGUCUCAAUGUAGCAUAAGCAGAGAAGAGCGAGAUACGUCCAACACGUGUGUGUGAACGCGUAAAAACAAUCCCCCGUAAAAGUUAAGCUAACUCGUUUUGAAGAGUCCGGAAGAAGAUGGCAUUUUUCCGAGAACUGCUACAUCAAGAGAACGACUGACGACGAAACUUCGCGGUGAAAUUCCGGUGAAGGAAGAAACUCGAGGCUUCUACAGCGCGAUGAGAUUAUACUGUGUCUUCACUAUCUUCGAAGAUACAUCUUUUCUAUCUUUAGUGAUACCCUCGAAACGCCCAUGAUUUCUGUAAACAAUGAUAUCUUAUAAAGAUUUGCUUUCCAAAGGAAGUUCCAAAGUUGAAAGCUGUUCGUGUCAACCAUUUGAGCUUGCAUCGUUCAAAGUAAAAUAAUAAGGAAUAUUAAGAAGGGAAACUUUAGCAGUGAUAAUUUUAAUACCUUCCUUCUUCAUAAUUCCUGGAAGAUUAAUGAGAAGAUAAUUCUCGACGACGUGACGAGAGAGCCAAAUGCAGGAAGGACGUCGCGCGGAUUCAAGGACAGGGAGAUGAUAAACGAUUAGCGAAGGGAAUUGUCGUCGGUGGCACGAGACGACGACAUCAUCCGGAAUCGAUAAACUUGCAAGCCGAUUAGAUAAAAAUAUGGCCGCUUGCCAUUCGACACCUGCUGUGCAACGCCUGCAGUUGCAGGACUCAACUCGGAUCGGCUACGGCAUAGGUGCUUCGAGUCAGAAGACUGUUCAGCAUUCGACCUACCCGCCGCAUCUACUCAAUUGGGUCUAUCUGGCCAUCGCCGAGCAAAACCCGUCGCAGCCGUCUGAUCAGAGCAAGCUACUUCCUGCGGUCUGGAGCAAUUUUCCCGGUACAGCAUCGCAGGCGUAUCUACGUCAGAACGCGUUGAAUCCGUCCGGAUCCGUCAGACCCAUGAGAGAUAACACGACGGAAAGUAUCGCAGAUUUAGCGGUACCCUUCAACGAGUUAGCUGUAGGCGAUCGGAAACCGGCAAAGAAGCCGCCGUCAACGUACCUGUGUCACUUGUGCUUCAAGAAAGGACACUACAUUAAGGACUGCCCGCAGGCACGACCGAAGGGCGAGGGCCUAACACCGUACCAGGGCAAGAAACGAUGCUUCGGUGAAUACAAGUGUCCCAAGUGCAAGCGCAAAUGGAUGUCGGGCAACAGCUGGGCCAAUAUGGGCCAGGAGUGCAUCAAAUGCCAUAUAAACGUUUAUCCUCACAAGCAGAGACCGUUGGAAAAACCCGAUGGCCUGGACGUAUCUGACCAGAGCAAGGUACAUCCCCAGCAUCUCUGCGAGAAAUGUAAGACAUUGGGCUAUUACUGCAGACGCAGCGCGAUAAUAACUUAACGAACUAGCCGAAUUCCGUCCAAUUUAUCUCGCUGAUCCAAUUAAUUUAGUACCAACGAAACGGGGAGGGUUCGAUGAGUUGAGAAAGACAAUUCGUUCAGUGUACUUGAACGCGUCGACGCGAAUGUGGAUCUAGACGGAAUGUCUGUCUCUGCUUGCGAGAUUAAAUCAUCGAAUUAAAAUCAUAGAGAGAAAUGAAACGAUAUAUUUUUAUGUACACAUUUACGAUUAGAACUUUUUUAUCGCAUGACUUUUGGCGACGCGGUGUUUUCAAUCGCGGUGCUAUAUAUAUUUAUCUAUAUUGAAAAAUAUUAUCUAUGGACGCAAAGUGCGCACAAGUGUCAGCGAUAGAAUUUUUUGUCUUUAUAUUUGAUAUUCAAUACUGUCGUAUCCGUACGCGCAAGGAACUACCUGUUAAAUAAAAAAAAAACGAUGGCAUCGUUCUCAGGGAUAUAAUAAAAUGUUCUGACCCUAAGAGCUAAUAAUAAUCACAGGCAGAGAAAGGGAGUUGCCUCCGUAAAGAAAAGCAUUGUACAGAGGGAGGAAAAAAUGAAAGGAAGAAAGAAUAACGGUUGCAAACAAAAUAUUGGCGGUAAUAUUUCCAAUAAUUCCGAGUUGUAUUAAAACGCAACAUUGACACGCGGUCCCUAAGCAAUCAAUAUUAUUUCACAAUAUUACACAAUAAUAUAUUGAUCAAUGUUUAUAUCAACGUUACAUUUACGUCAGUAUUACAAUGUUAUUGCAUACUUUCUCCAUAUUGUGCAAUAAUAUUAAUCGCUUAACGUAUCGAUAAUAAUAUUAUAUUAGUAUUUAUACUAUAUUUUAAUGUAACAUAUCGCAUCAUUAAUAUUGAUCGUGUAGGGACUGCUUUAUUUAUUGGAUAUAUUCUUUGGCUCCGGGGACACGAACAUGAUACAUAUAUAAAUUUCUUCUUAUUCAAUAUAUUAUUUGCAUAUGUACAGAUUGGUUUGCGAUACUGAGCGAAUGAAAAAACAUUCGAAUUGCAUUAAAAGUAGAAGUUACAAAAAACGGAUGAAACCGAUGUAAUUUCAUAGAGUUCAAUUUUCGACACUACAGAUACACGUAUAUGAUUCCUCUUACCCUAUUCGUUACAGACGACGCAAGAUCGUCUUUCGCAAAUUUAGAACAUUCUGAAAUCGAACUCACAUUGAAAUCACAAUGGUUUCUCGAUUUUCAUUCAAUGAAAUCAUUGUUAAUUAAUUCGGCAUUUUCUACGAAUCGCAUUGAACAUGUACGUGUCUAAGGCAUGUGUUCAUGCAAACAUGAGAGAAGAAUUCUUUUACCUGUGGUAGUAGUAGAAUUUGUAAAUGCUUAAAGAGAAUUUGUAUGAAUCGAUAUUAUGCGGUUUGCCACCAUUCUACAUAAAACACGUGCAACACGUCGAUAAAACGUCAAUGGCAAGGAACUGAUCGGUCGUUUUCCUCAAGAUAAUUUGGCCUACGCGUUUAACUUGUUCGCGAAAAGCUCCUUUCUUCCGUGAUACUAAAAAAAAAAAUCAAAAAACGGGAA